AUGGUUGCUACCAUUCGUCAGUACAAGGCUGCCUGUGUACAGGCCGAGCCUGGCUGGCUCAAUCUUGAAAAGUCAGUCAAAAAGACUGUGGACUUGAUCCUUGAAGCUGGCGAAAAGGACUGCAAGCUAGUAGCCUUUCCCGAACUUUGGAUCCCAGGAUACCCCUAUUGGCUGUGGCGUGUGAACUACCAGGACUCACUGCCGCUCCUCAAGAAGUUCCACCAGAACAGCAUGCGGCCCGACUCUGACGAAAUGCGGCGAAUCCGCGAAGCUGCCAGGGCCGCCAAGACGUACGUCUCCCUGGGCUACUCCGAGCUCGAUGGCCACACCAUGUACAUGGCCCAGGUCGUCAUCGAUCCCACGGGAACCGUCAUCAACCACCGCCGCAAGAUCAAGCCAACCCAUGUAGAGAAGCUGGUGUUUGGCGAGGGAAGCGGCGACUCGCUCCACGCCGUCGUCGAGACGGAAAUCGGCAAUCUCGGACACUUGAACUGCUGGGAAAACAUGAACCCAUUCCUCAAGGCCCUCAACGCCAGCAGACACGAGCAAGUCCACGUCGCCGCGUGGCCCGUGUACGGCCCCGGCUCGGCCAUCAAGUACCCCGACCCCUACACGAAUGCUUCCGAAACCCAAUCCGAGCAUGUCACCCCCGCGUACGCGUACGAGACGGGCACGUGGACCUUGGCACCAAGCCAAGUGGUGACCCGUGAGGGGGCCCGUCUCGGCCUGCCGGUUCGGCUGCAAAACGACGAGGCCGCCCUCGACGGGGAGGCUGACAUUGUUGGAAACGGCUUCGCCAGGGUCUACCGCCCGGACGGCCUCCGCGCGGUGGAUGACCCGGCCAAGACGUUUGACGGGCUCGUCAUGGUCGACAUUGAUCUGGACGAGAACCUGCUGACCAAGAAGAUUGCCGACUUUGGCGGGCACUACAUGCGGCCGGAUCUGAUCCGCCUCCUCGUUGACGAAACGCCCAAGACAAACAUUGUGGAUGCCAAUUCCGCCGACCCCAAGACGUUUCCCAGCACGCUGGAGCGACUCGGCUUGGCGACGCCUCUCCCAAGCGCCGAGACCUAG